GUUAUGUUAUAUUGUGUUCCAUGAAUUAAAUGUAUACGGGGAAUUACCUAAUUGUGAAUUAUUUUUCUUUUUAGUGAAUUGAUUAAUUUGAACUCUACUACUGAAGUGUGUCAUUGAAGAAGUGAAUAUUAUUGAAUUGUUCGAAAAUUUGGGAGUUAUUAUUAAUCCCAAUUACUAAAAGAUCCAUGUUAAUGCUAAUCAUAACCAAAAAGAAUCUUGCAACCAGAGACAUUUAUUUCAAUAAUUAUGGAUUCAUCAACUUUCAACUGCAAUUUAUUUGAAAAAUUCAAUAUACAGAACACCCAAUAUUUCAGAAGAAAUGUGGCACUUUCCACAGUACCCGAUGAUUGGGAAUUGAUGGGAUUCAAAAAUACUCAAAUGGUAUUCAAGAAGAGAACUUUCAAUCGAAGUUUCAAAAAUAUCAGUUCAACAGCCUUGAAAAAAGGUGUUCUACAUCAUUCAAAAACUGACUUGAAAAAUUUGAAUAUAUAUAAAACAACACGUAAAAUUAAAAAUUCAACUACAUGUGAAUCUUCUAAUCAUUUUGUAAUCGACAGUAUUAAACAUGUGACUGAUACAGAAAAGAAAGAUAUGAGCCAAGCAAAAUUAAUCUUUGAUCCUAAUGGGAAAAAAUUCAUAUAUUUGAAUGGACAGAAGCUACAAAUAAUUAAACAUUCUCCAGGUAAAGUGGAAGAUAAUGUAGUGGACACUGAAUAUAAAUCAGUUCCCAAUAUCCUAAAUUUGAAGUCAAUUAAUUUUAAUACUGCCGGGAGCAAGAUAGAACCAGAUCAAUCUAAAUGUCAGUCAUCUAAGUUAAAUAUUAAAGAUCCACAACAAAUUAAGGUUCAUACCAUUAAACAUGUUCGAACUAUUUUACCCAAAUAUAGUGAUAAAGUUGUUUCAAUAAAAAAAAAUCAAUUCUCUCCCAACAUUUCUCUCAUUACGAAAGAGGUGGGGGGGGAAAGUAAACUUGUAAAUAGUCCAAACACAUCAAUUCUGGGGAUUCCCCUGAUUCAGGAUAUUGCACCAAGUAGCAAUGCUCCUGAUAAACUUCAAACAUUGAAAGUUAAGAAUAUCAGUCAAAUGACAACCACCCAUUGCAUUAAAAAGACCCAUGAGUCGGUAUCAGUUUCAACAAAUACUGAACAUCCAAACACUGUUCAUAUAGGAGUUCAAACAGAAGAUAUAAUUGAGAACGAGCCCCUUAAAGAAACUAGAGUGGAAAAUUGUCUUAGUGAACUUUAUAGUGGUGGUGUUAUAAUUGGUGAUGAUGUUAAUAUGGGACAUGGGCCUCCUUCAAUCUAUUCCCUGAAUACCGAAAAACUGAAGAUGAAAUUUUUCAACGAUAUUCAUCAAUGUCUUAAAUGGGAUUCAGGGAACUUACCAAUUCAUAGGGCAGUCAUUCAGAAAAAUUUGAAAGAAGUAAAAAGUCAGUGUAUUGUCCUUAAAGCUCGAAAAGCUGGAGUAAAUAUAGCCAACAUCAAUGAUUAUACUCCAUUACAAUUAGCUGUGGUUCAAAGUGUUGGGACUGAUAUUGUUGAAGUACUUCUUAAAUAUGAUGCUGACAUGUCAGUUUUAGAUUCGGAAGGAAACAAUGUUCUUCAUCUGGCUGUUGAGCAUAAUAGGAAUGACUUAGUCCAAAUUUUCCUUGAAAAACUUAAUGCCGAUAACUUAGAUAUUGAUCAAUUCAAUUAUGAUGGACUUACACCCUUGAUGAUGUGUGCUUUUCACAAUGAUAGAAUAGAUAUGGCUGAACAAUUUUUGAAGAAAAACGCCCAAAUGAACUUAAAAGAUUUGAAGUCUGGCAGAACUGCCAUAUUCCAUGCAGCUGAAAGUCAUAAUGCUUCAAUGGUUUCACUUCUGCUAGAUUACGGCGCGGACACAAAAAUUCGAAAUUUUUUUGGUACAUCUGUUCAUGAUGCAAUGUUCGAAUUGGACGACAUGCCGAAAGAAAUAAAAUAUCCAAUUUUAGGGAGGGAUCUGAAAGUUCAUGAAAAGAGGAAACUCUAUCAACAAAAUGUGAGAAGAGAAACGUUUAAACGUAAGAAACUAGAUUUUGUAUCCACUAUACAGAAAUUGAAAUCUAGGUCGAAUUUUGUAAUGCGUGAUAAUGAUAUUAAAAAAUGAGGUUAAUACUUUUCAUCGAAUUUAACUUUAACUUUGAUUUCGUUUCGAAAUUGUUAAUCUACAAUUUAGAUAUAUAGUUUUAUGGUAAACCAUUAUGUAUAUAGUUUUUAUGGUAUAAAUAUUUUUUGUUUUCUCUUUAAGUGUCGAUAUACUUUUACAAUUUUUUUGAACUUCAGCUUCAUCUAAUAAUCACUAUCAUUUUUAUUCCAUAUUGAAAAACCAUUUCUCACUGCCUUAGUCAUAGGGAUUGAUUCAAUUUAUUGUAAAUAAUUAAAAACAUAAUUUUGAAACUUUGAUUUUUUUUUAAUUUAAGUUAAUUAAUUGAAUUAAGUUAAACUGUAAAUUUGUGGGAUAUGUAUUACCAAGAUCAACAUCUCUGAAAUGAUUCUUUCAGGAAGGAUGAUUAUGCUUAAGACCUUCACAUAUUUAUUUAUAUUAUGCUAUUGAAUUUUAUGUUAAUUCAUAUUAUUUUAUUAUUCUGAUAAAAAAUUUUGAAAAUAUAAAUAAAAUAUUUUCAAUUUUAUGUUAAUUAUUUUUUGCCAAUGAUGGAAUAGAAUUUUAUGUGUUCUCAUUAUUUCAAUGGUGUGUAUAUUUUAUUUGUAAAAGUCGUUCCAAAUUUGGUGAAUAAGUGAUUUGGCAUUGGAUCAUAAGAAUAUAAUUUCAUUUUUAUUUAUUUAUUUUUUUAAAUCUGUUUUGGGGAUGUAACUCAUUAAGUAUAGCUUCUGUACUUUUUCAAUAAUAAUUAAGAUGUAUUGAUAUAAUGGCAUAAUAUAGAAAUUUAACAGAAAAUAGAUAAUUAUUAAGCACUAUAACUUCCAAAUUAUGGCGUUUUAUCGUUAGGGGGGUGAUAUACAAGGCCAUAUUAGCGGUCCUAUUAAAAAUUUUAGGUGAUGCGAGAUCUAAAAGUGGCGCCCCUCCAAAUACAAAACUUUGUUGUUUAUGAUUCAAUAUUCAUCACAAACUGUCUUAGAUGAUAUAAUUAUACACUAAACCAAAUUACUGAUGUCAUUUAUGUUAAAUCAUAAGAAAGCUCGUUUGACUAGUUUGGGCAAGUAUAUGUGAUGUAGUAGAUUAUAGAUGAAAAAUAAAAACAAUAAAUGUAUUGAAUUCAUUUUAUGUUACAUGCAUACAAUAUCAAAUAAAAUAUGCAUAUGCACUUUUCUCUCUUUAG